GGCUUAGCUUUGGGACAACAGCGCGCGGACCAGGAGAAAGAAAUGGCUCCCGGUAAAGCUCAUAUUGGUAAGCCAGUUCCAGCCUUCCAGGCCACAGCAGUGGUGGAUGGAGCCAUUAGGGAAAUAAAGUUGUCGGACUGCAAAGGCAAAUAUGUGGUUCUUUUCUUCUACCCCCUGGAUUUCACCUUCGUCUGUCCCACAGAGAUCAUAGCUUUCAGUGAUCGAGUUGAAGAGUUCCGCAAGAUCAACUGUGAGGUUAUUGCUGCCUCUGUUGACUCUCAGUUCACCCAUUUGGCCUGGAUCAAUACAGCAAGAAAGGAAGGGGGCUUGGGAUCUGCAAAUAUUCCACUUGUGGCAGACAUCAACCACAAUAUUUGCAAGGACUAUGGAGUGCUCAAGGAGGAGGAUGGCACUGCAUACAGAGGCCUGUUCAUAAUUGAUGACAAAGGCAUCACAGUGAAUGGCCUACCUGAGGGGCGUUCUGUGGAUGAGACACUUCGCCUGGUACACGCUUUCCAGUUCACAGACCAGCAUGGUGAAGUGUGCCCAGCUGGCUGGCAACCUGGCGGUGACACCAUCAAGCCCACAGUGAAGGACAGUAAGGCCUUCUUCGCCAAGCAGCAGUAGAGGUGUCUUGCUGAACAAAUCUGGUCUAACGUGAAGGGA